UCAUCAUCAAUUUCAAGUAUGGGAACUCUGAUCUGCCUCAGUGGAAAUUGUGAUGAUCAUCACCUCCAACACCAAACCCACAAGAUUGUUCGAGAUGUGUAUGAGGUAAUAGCCUUGGAAAAACACCCAGUUCUGGAUUUGUUCGAGAAGCAAUUCUCUCAAAGAUUUCAUAUCCUGAAAGCUUGGGAAUCUGAGCUACCACUGGACAAGUUCUUGGAGUCCCAUGCAUACUCAGUCGAGGCUUUGUUGUGUCCUAGCGGCGGCCCCAAGGUGACCACCGACGUCUUAGGGCGGCUGCCUCUUGUUGGGGUUGUCAUCACCACCAGCUCCGGCGUAGAUCACAUCGACUUGUUGGAAUGUCGCCGCCGUCGAGUUGCCGUUGCCAAUGCCGGAGAUGUUUUCUCUGCCGAUGUUGCUGAUAUGGCAGUUGGGAUGUUGAUUGAUGUUAUGAGAAAGAUCUCUUCUGCCGAUAGACAUGUGAGGGAUGGGAAUUGGGCUUCUUUAUGGAACUUUCCAUUCGGUUCUAGGGUAGGAGGGAAACGAAUUGGCAUUGUUGGGUUGGGAAGCAUUGGCUUAGAGAUAGCGAGAAGACUCGAUGCCUUUCGUUGUAAAAUAUCCUACUUGUCAAGGAAGAAGAAGGAAUGUGUCCCGUACCAAUUCGUCGACAAUGUCCUCGAACUCGCCACUCACUGCGAUGCCCUAAUCGUCUGUUGUAGAUUGACAAAGAAAACUUACCACAUGAUUGAUCGAAAGGUCUUGUUGGCUCUUGGCAAAGAUGGUGUGGUAGUGAAUGUAGGUCGUGGACCUGUGAUCAAUGAGAAAGAUUUGGUUAAGUGUUUAGUUAAGGGAGAAAUUAGAGGAGCAGCAUUGGAUGUGUUCGAGAAUGAGCCUAAUGUUCCCAAAGAGUUAUUUGGAUUGGGUAAUGUAGUGCUUUCUCCCCAUAGGGCUGUCACCACGCCGGAAGGUUUGAAUGAUUUGUCCCAACUUAUAUAUGCAAAUCUUGAUGCUUUCUUUCAUGGUGAACCUUUGCUCACUCCCUAUGUGGACAAAUGAAAUAUGUCCUUUACAAUAAGUUUUUGAUAAGUUGUAUUGGAGGGCUUUCAUAAUUCUAUCCCAAGGGGAUAAAAAGUUGUAUUAAUAAAUGGCUUUAUAAUUUUUUUUUUCAACAUAUAUGUCAUUUUUUAGUUAA